CGGGAAGGAGCGCGUUCACGGUGAUUGGGUGACGGGCGAGCGAAGCGGCAGAUUUGAACGGGAGCGUCCGGAGGCCGGGAGGACUGACUGCUAGAAGAAACUAACAAUAAGGUUGUGGCUGGCCAAUGGGGACGUCGAGCAGCAGCUGCACAGAGACUCCGGUGAAGGUCGUCUACAACAGGCACCUGGGUGAUGUCCUGGACCCACGCUCCCCCACUGCCGGCAUCCUGCGCACCCCCAUCGAGGUCCUGGGAAGCCCCAGUACCCCCGAAUCUCGGCUAGAGCCAUGCGUGCAGGAGGAGGAGCAGACAGGAGAGCCGUCGGGCUCACCGGACCCACGUUCGCCCACUCCCGGGGUGAGCCGCACCCCCCUCAAGACCAGCGUGGCCGAAGGGCUCGGCUCCCUGGCUAAGCAGCUGACCGACAUGUUCAUCAGCCCGGAGCGGGGGACCCAGGGGGACGAUGGAAGCCCCGUGGGGGUUGAGGCCACUGACCAGCUGCUGGACUGCGAGGGCGAGGAGGAGGGGACGGGUGCAGGGGACGCAGAUCCCCCUGCCCAGCCAGACCAAGGAGACCCGAUCGACACCGGGGAGCAGAGGCCCACCAAGAAAGCAGUGCACAGAGAAGCUCAGCGGCCCUCGAGCCGGGCGAGGAAGAGCCAGCCGGGCAGACCACAGCUGGUGUCGGUCAAGGGCCGCUGCCCCCUGCAGCUCCUCAAGGACGACAACUCCCCAACGUGCUCGCUGGCCAGGAGACAGGUGAAGGCAACUCUGCGCCCCUCAGGCAGCCCAGGUGAGCUGAUGCCCUGGAGCCCCCUGAAGCUCGGACAUUCCCCGGCCGACAAGGAGAACCACAGCUCCCCGUGGGUGUCAGGCGAGCGGAGGCCCUGCCCCCCCUGACCGGGUGGGGGCCCCAGCGUUGCUGCUGCUGAGCCCCCUCCCUGGGUCUGCUCCCUGCCCCGAGGACAACACUAACUCUUUCACCCUCUGCCUCCUUGCGACCUCUGCCCCGGGUCGAGCUCUUUGCUGUUGCACUGCCCCCUCGUCCCCGGCGCGCGAGGGCAUUCUGUACACUGCCUUCCUCUUCUGCUGGCGUGGCCCAGUCCUUCAUUUGUUUUUAUCCUCUUAAUCGUUAAUAAUAAAUAUUGUGUGUGGUUUUUUUAA